UUUUUAUUGGUCAAGAACAAUAACUCUGCAGGAAUGGUGUACACGCGGAUGUAAACAAAAUAGAAAAAAAUGGAUUUCGAAGACUUAGGUCUGCACGACUGGUUAUCCAAUCAGUGUAAAACAAUGGGACUAAAAAAACCAUCCGGAAUCCAAGAUAAUUGUAUUCCUCACAUUUUGAAAGGUGAAGAUUGUAUUGGAUGUGCUAAAACUGGAAGUGGUAAAACUGCAGCAUUUGCUCUACCAAUCUUACAGAAAUUGUCAGAAGAUCCAUUUGGAAUAUUUGCUCUUGUGCUUACACCAACUCGUGAACUGGCAUUUCAGAUUUCGGAGCAGUUUAAUGUUCUAGGAAAACCAAUUGGUGUGAGGGUAUCUGUGAUAACAGGUGGUCUAGGUAACAGUAUUUACUGUAGUUAUAAUAAUAAAAUAGAUGUUUGUCCUGUUAUAGCUUGGAUUUAAAAAUUAUA